CUCUUUUAGGUGGGCAGCUGCAGGAAUGGUGACUCGGGUUAGCUCAGAUGUGGCUGCCCUUAGUCCCCAGCUGCGCCCUCCCCUUUGCCCUCCCCAGCAACCCCUACCCGCCCUCUUCCGGCGCGUGCUAAAGCGAGAGAAACGCCCUCGGGGGAAGAUAUGUAGCAAUCCGAUGGAACUUGGAGAUCAACGUUGUGUUGUCUUCGCGCCCACCUGAAGUCGAAGGGAGGUGGAGCGGCGGGUCUCAGCCCCUCCCCGACGCCGAGACCCGGCCCCCGCCCCCCGGAGCCUAGUCCCCGCAGGCGGAACCGCUCUGUGCGAGGCCGGGUUUGGACUGCGCGGGAAUGGGCGUGGCCUGGGCGGGGCGGGCUCUAGGACCCGCCGGAGCGCCGUGAACGUCACCCAGCGGCGCCGAGGCCCCGGGUUGAGCGGGAGGCGCGAUCGGUCCGGUCGGUGGCUCCCCGCGGCGGGGCCGGGCCCGAUCUCGGGCGGGAACCGAACCCAGAGCCGGUAGCGGGAAGGAUGACCACGCUCACACGACAAGACCUCAACUUUGGCCAAGUGGUGGCCGAUGUGCUCUGCGAGUUCCUGGAGGUGGCUGUGCAUCUCAUCCUCUACGUGCGCGAGGUCUACCCUGUGGGCAUCUUCCAGAAACGCAAGAAGUACAACGUGCCAGUCCAGAUGUCCUGCCACCCGGAGCUGAAUCAGUAUAUCCAGGACACGCUGCACUGCGUCAAGCCACUCUUGGAGAAGAAUGAUGUGGAGAAAGUGGUGGUGGUGAUUUUGGAUAAAGAGCACCGCCCAGUGGAGAAAUUCGUCUUUGAGAUCACCCAGCCUCCACUGCUGUCCAUCAGCUCAGACUCCCUGUUGUCUCACGUGGAGCAGCUGCUCCGAGCCUUCAUCCUGAAGAUCAGCGUGUGCGAUGCCGUCCUGGACCACAACCCCCCAGGCUGUACCUUCACAGUCCUAGUGCACACAAGAGAAGCCGCCACUCGCAACAUGGAGAAGAUCCAGGUCAUCAAGGAUUUCCCCUGGAUCCUGGCAGAUGAGCAGGAUGUCCACAUGCAUGACCCCCGUCUGAUACCACUAAAAACCAUGACGUCGGACAUUUUAAAGGUGAGCUUCGUGGGGACGUGGGAAGCUUAUUUAGGGGCUGCUUAGGAAGUGAGGCCCGGCACUGAGGCCUUACUAGAGGGCUUGGGGGAGAGAACGAGGGAAUGCCUGGUGGAGAGCCCCUCCCGUCUCUAUUCUUCUCCACCUCGGCUAUGGCCACGAGGCCCCACCCUUGGCGGAGAUCUGCCCACCAGGUGCUUCUGUGUCCUCCAGCAGGGAUGCCCUGGCUGUCUCGCUGACUGUGGCUGUUUGUGUUCGUCAGAUGCAGCUUUACGUGGAAGAGCGUGCUCACAAAGGCAGCUGAGGGGGCAUCUGCCACCUCACUGAUGCCCGAACUGUCAGACUUUGGGGGAUCCCCGCCUAGGGCAGUGCUGCAUGGCUGCCCUGAUUCCAAGUGCUCUUAUCGCCUCUGUGUGUGGAUCGCCCGCCCCAGCCCGGGGCCGCUCAGGUCUGCUUGGAGGAUGCCUCCCCCAGGAGGCAGUGAAGUAUGCCGCAACCUCGACUUCUCAGCCUCCUGGGGUUCCGCCGGCAAACACUGUCUGUCUCAAAUACUGUGCUGUGAGUUCUUUCAAUAAAGGGGCCCCAAGGGCUGGGCUGAGCUGAUGCCAUCAUUAA